CAUAAAAGCACAUCCCAACUUUAAAAACAUAGGAUAUAGCUAAAGAGAAAGACGAUGGAGGAUCAUCCGACAGGCUUCAGGUUCUACCCAACGGAGGAAGAGCUCAUCUCUUUCUAUUUGCACAACCAGCUCGAGGGCUCGCUACAAGACCAGCUCCGCCGGAUCAUUCCAGUCCUCGACAUUUAUGCCACCGAGCCAUGGAAUCUCCCUGAGCCUUCUGGAGAGCUGUGCCGAGAAGACAAAGAGCAGUGGUUCUUCUUCGCUCCGAUGCAGGAGAGAGAAGCCAGAGGAGGGAGACCAAGCAGAAGCACGGCGGUGGGUUAUUGGAAGGCCACUGGAUCGCCUGGUUACAUCCACUCAUCGGACAACAAAGUGAUUGGGAUAAAGAAGUCCAUGGUCUUCUACGUGGGAAAAGCUCCAACGGGAACCAAAACCAAAUGGAAAUUGAAUGACUACAGAGCCGCACAUAUAAUCUCACCUCCCUAUUCCAAUUGUGCAAGUUCUAGUAUGCCCAAGUUUAGGUUGAGGCAUGAAUUCGCACUGUGCCGUGUAUACGUUGUGUCUGGGAGCUCUCGAGCAUUUGAUCGUCGACCAUUGGAGUUGGUGGCUGGAGAAACAGUAGCAGGUGGACAUGGUGGCAGCACCGGCCACAGAUUGGCAUCCUCAUCAAGGCCGGUGAUAGAAAAUAAUGCUGGAAUUUCCGGUGACGGAGAGACCACAGGCAUGGAAAUAGAAGAACCGAUAUGGGAUUGGGAACAACUCAAUUGGUUUUAGCAGUCCUUAGAAAAAUCCAGUUUAUAUAUGGAUCUCAUCCACGGAAACAAUAUAGCUCUCGACGGGAAAAGGGUUCAUGUCCUCAUAUUAAGCGCAUAUACAAGAGAAUAAUAAAAAAUGAUCAAGAUCCGGUAUGUCUACUAUCGAUUC